AUGGUUAUGGCCACAGGAUGGCUUUUUAAAAACUCAACAUAUAAGAAUAAUCUUUAUGCAAAUAGAGGAAAACUCUUUUGUCGAUUUUGCCAAGAUACAGUUUCACAUGAAAAAAAAUCAGUGAUAGAUAAUCAUUUGGCAUCUUCCACCCAUAAAAAAAAAAAAAAGAAAGCACUUGAAAAACCUCAGGAAGAUACCCCUACCCAACGUACACUUACUACCUGUAGUAAGCUUUAUGAUGGUAGAGAACAAUUUGUUCUCGACUUUGUUAAAUUGUUUGCCAAAGCUGACAUACCUUUUGAAAAAAUACACCAUUUUCAACCUUUUUUACAAGAUCAUUGCAAAUACGGUAUGUGCAUUAACAG